AUGGAUUUGUAUGAAGAGGGGAUCCACAACUUAGUAGUGGAUAAUAAUCAAAUUUUAACUGUUGUGGUGUGCCCUCUGGAAAAUCCCUCAGCAGGAAGCACUACAACUCCGCUGACGUCUCCUACUGAAAUGAUGACUCCGACACAAACAUUAAAAAGAAAGAAAGAUGGAAAGAAAAAUGAAAAGAAAGGUUUGGAGGGGCAAAUAUUAGAGGCCUUCUCCAAUACAUCAGCGCAAAUGGAUGGCGUUGAUGGGUUUCUCUUGAGGGUCGGUGAAAGCCUAAGAAAACUACCUUACAAGGAGAGGGCUAAAUUGGAGAUUAAAAUCAUGCAGCUACUGUACGUAACAGAGGAAAAACUGAACAUAUGA